AUGGGUUCAUCCGGAGCGUAUUCGUUUCGAAGGCUCACUCUUGCACAUCUACAUGAUAACAACCCGCCACUGUUCGCCGGUGGAAGACGGAAAAGUUCGGCGACCGCGCAGCCGAGACCUUCUAUUACUUCUGCUACUGUCGGAGUCUUUGACCCGUCCGUACCUUACUAUCACUACCGAAGACCCCCUAGCCGGCCUCCGAGCAGACCCCCCAGCAAACCGCCAAGUAAUCGGAACUCGGCGGCUCUCAGUCGGCAUAACACAGUCAGAUCUCAUCAAUUCGCAUUCUACGAUGGUGAGUCUUAUGUCAGAUAGCGCUUGAUUGGCGCAAACCGAAACAAUUCAUUCAUUUUCUCACGUGUUGACAUGUUAUUCAUCUUUUCAUCGCAUCAUUAGUGGCCUUUUCGCGGGCCCCAUCCGACGCUCCUCAUCCGCUAUCCGUUUUCACCCAUCACUAUCACUCAACCUUGGUCGAUGGAGAAAUUUAUUUGUUUAUGUGCGUACAAAACUAUGAAGAGUUGAGCGAUAGGAGGGGUGAAUUCCGGUGGCAGGAUACGAGAUUCUUCUUUUUUCAAACGAUUCAGAACAUAAAAGUUUGAUAGUUGGAGGAUGGAAGAAGAGGCCGCUCCUCUUUUAUGUGAGCCAUGAAAUUCGAUGCCUUCUGUUUAUUACUGGAUGAUCCUUGAUUUGAUUGGGGGGAAAAGUGACAAAUCCUGACAGAACUCAUAAGAGAAGGCCACGAACCCGCGAAUUUAUAAAAUUCUAGGCAAUUUCUCAAAAAUCAGAUGUCGGACUGAAAUGAAAACCCCUGUCAGACUGAAAUGAAUUUCAACAGAAUAUGACACAUUCACCUGUGGCGUCAUUUUAUUUUCUUUCUUCUCCUCUUGCUCCUUCUCUUCUUCAAGACAAUUGAAAUGAAAAAAAGGAUUUGGUGGUGUCUUGCGUCUCACAACAAAACUAGUAAAGAGGGAGUGUUUAGAUGAGGCCCCGGGAUCGGUGCCGCAACCUCUUCUCGCGUUUCGUAUUUCCUUUCUCGUUGGCCGCCCUCCGGAUAUCUGCAAUUGCCAACACAAUCGACACCCGCCCUCCCACCUCCACCGUCAUCGACUAUUUUUGAAACUUUUGAGAGCGCCGCCCGUAGUUGGUAGUUGAGCAACUUUUGCCAAAAGCACUAGUUCGUCCAUAUUUUUCGCCCUAUUAGUCGUGUAAUCAAUCCGACGACGGAUCCGACGGAUCAAAUGACUAGUUCGGGUUAAUUUGGCCGUGCCAUCUGCCCGUUGGCCCCCUUCUCACUUUUUGUGCCCCGACCACUAGCACCAGCACUCCAAACUCUGAUGGGAUCGUUGGGAGUCGGACGUAUAUUUCAAGUUGUUCAAAAACCACAAUUACGUCUUCCGCUUUCCGAUUUAGCUUUUGUCUCCUCCCUCCCCGAACACUGUCUUCCGCCACUUUUCAGAGGUAAGUCAAGGACUCCUAAAUGUUGUGAAUCUGUAUUAAGAGGGGCAAAUUUGUGGGUAAAAAACAAGGAAAACAAUGUCCCAAAAGACGUUGUCCGAUUAGAUUAACGAAAGGGAAUUAUAGUGCUCACUCAUCCUGGUCCCUUCCUCCCACUUCUUCUUCCUCAGCUAACCAAUACCCGAUUUCAGAGAACAUUGGUCGAGUGAAAUGGGAAGAAUAUAAUCGAAGAGAAGGUAUUGAAGAUGUGCCGGAGCAGCCUAUUGUGGUGCGGGUGCCGAUUUGGAGGAGGAUAUUGAAAGUAAUCCGAAUUCCCAUCAGAAUAAGAGUUCUAUUUUGAUGUUUAGCUCUUAAAAAUCCUUCUACCUCAUGUCGGUCUCAAUGUUCUCUUAUUAUCGUAUAUUGCCAUGGGAGCAACGAUUUUCAUUUGGUUAGAAGCUGAUCAUGAACUGGAAGGCAGAAAGGUCAGUUUUGCCUUAAAGCAGGCCUGUCACUGAUGAAUUAGUGCUCAAACUACUUAUUCUAUUGCAUGAAGCUUAUGAAGUUACACUUUCCUUCGCUCUACUUCAAAAACCCCUUAAUUUUAGUCACUCACAUCAUAAGAUCCACUGAUUUAAAAAAAAGGUCAACUAAGUACUUGUUGGAAAUUAUGUACUUAAUAACUUUGUCAUUCAGCAUUUUAUCCCAAAAUCCGUCAUUCUUGAGUUAUGAUGUUAUGAUGCAGGCCCUAAAUAUGAUUUUUGACAAAAUUGAUGUAACUAGUAGCUUGAGCACCAAUUUUUAAGUGUUUAAUGACAGACCUCACUUAAAGACCAGAGUUUUAGGAUAAGGUGAAACACGUUUUCGGCAUUUACUCCCAAAUCAUCAACGAAACCAUUGCUCUUUCAUCGAAUCGAAGUGACGCGGCAACUGUGGAGAGUCGGAUAAGGCCUCUCUUAGCGACAUUGUCAAAAGCCCACGAGUACGACGAUCGAUUCACAGAUGCGAACCAGCUAUGGACCGGCGAAGAGGAAGGAAUGACCACCAGAUGGACUUUUGCCGCCGCUACCCUUUAUGCUCUUACUGUCAUCACUUCCACUGGCUCGUUACAUAAGAUUCUUUAAAACAAAAUAAAACCACGUUUUACAGGUUACGACCACGUGACUCCUUCCACAGACCCCGGAAGAAUCUUCACAGUAUUUUUCGGACUCAUAGGUAUUCCAUUGAUGUUCAUCACUGCCGCCGACAUUGGAAAGUUCUUGUCGGAAAUUGUUAUCCGGUACGUUUGAAUUUUCAACAAACCAAUUGAACACUUGCAUUUUGUAGAACAUAUGCAAAACUAUUAGCUAUGUGGAAAAUGAUAGCCAAUCUAGUGGAACUGGUUAGGACGCAUUUGUUUGACACCGAUGUGGAUUCGAUUGAUUCUAUGUGAGCACCACUCAAAUUUGUAUUCAUGUUUCUCAAAUUGUUAUUUUAGGGAGCUAAAGAAGAGUAAAAAGCGGAACGCAAGCAGUUUGGAUGACGAAGAGUGCGAGGACGAGGAAGACCGAUUACAAUUGCCUAUCGCCAGUUAUUUCACACUGAUUAUCGGCUACUGUUGUGUCGGAAGUUUGUUGUUCAACACGUUUGAAAAAGGACCUAUCUGGUAACUUUCUGAGAUGACACAACUAUUGUUCUGUUCUUUGCUCAGGUCUUUUAUUCAUGGAGUCUUCUUUUCAUUCAAUACUAUCACUACAAUCGGUCUUGGAAAUAUUCGUGUUCAGCAGCAUUACUAUCUAGCGGUAUGAUUCUUCUUUUUCAGCUGUCGUUUUGAGAAUCUGUUUCAGUUGGCAGUUUCCUAUGUGAUUAUCGGAUUGGCUGUGAUCACCGCUUCCCUGGAUCUGUGCUCAUCUACACUCAAACGGACUUUCACCAAACUUCACUACUUCGGACGCAAGAUUCGUGGUGCCAGACGUGGAUUCGCAAACAUGAGUGAUGAUAUACGAGAAGCUAUGCGAAUAAUUGCUGCCCUCAAAAAGACAAGGUCAGAAUUAACUGUGAACGUUCUGUUUUCUUCUGAAAUCAAUAUUUUUUAGACCUUCCAAAGACCGUAUAACCCUGGAAGACCUGAAACGUUUUCUGGAAGUCCAGGAGCACUUGCUCCGUCAACCCUACGUCCCUUACAAUGUGCACUUGCUGCGAUGGAUCGAAGACAAUGUUGGUCCGCAGAUGGUAAAAACAUACGAGAUUUAUUGAUAUCUGUGAACUUCUCAGAGUGUUUCGUACUUUGCUUAUUCAUAUUUUUAUGCACUUUAGUUUGUCUGAAAUGUUGUGCACGGAAUUGUAACGGAAGAGCACAUUUGAGUCCAAAUUGAACAUUGUUUCAGAAAAAUGAGUUUUCCAUAGCGGAACAAGUAAGUUGAUGCUAAAAAAACCGUGUCAAAAGGCUGAAGUUUUUGUGUCAAAACGUGUUUCUCUAUCAUUUCGAAUUAGAGCCACAUAUUUUUUAUUGAGUUUGUUUUUAUUCAAGUCAGCCUCUUGCUUUUCCUUCUCGAUUUUCUAGCCUACAUAUCAUUUUGCAUCCGCAGACGUGAUCUCGAUUGUUCUUGCCAUUCACAUGUAGUAUUUCGGAAAUGUCUCAUUUUUCAGUACGCUCAAUACAUGGAUGACGUGUCGGGUGGAAAAACGCCAAUGUCGCCGUCGCGGCUCUCCCACAAAAUGUCUUCCAGUGACCCGAUGCUCUUUUUCUGA